GAUCUUUGAUCCAUGUGUUCCUCAUCAACGAUUGUCUGCAUCUUGAUCUUUCUGCAGAUCUCCCAUGUGCUAACUGCAGGUCAAUUUGCAAUCAUUCCACCCCCAAACUCCAUAGUUGGUUUCCUUGGAGAAGAAGUGAUCCUGCCAUGUCAACUAACAACUUCAAGCGUACCAGAAAGCACCAACAUCCAGGUCCAGUGGAUCUUGCAUAAAUCCUCAGAAAAAAUUGACGUGAAAUCCUACUAUGGUCGAAACAAGCCAGAAACACAGGAUGACAGAUACCGAGGUCGAGCUGAGCUUUCCUGGAAUGAUCUUAAUAAAGGGAACAUGUCUCUGAUUCUGAAGAAAACCUAUCUGUCUGACCAAGGAAAUUACACCUGUAUAAUCAUCCUUGGAGACUGGUAUGAUGAGGUCAUGGUUGAGUUGAUUUUGGCAGCAAAAGGAACAGAGCCCACAAUUGCUUUGGUGGAUUAUAAAGGCUCGGGGAUUGGUCUCACCUGCAGCUCCAAUGUUUGGUACCCAAAGCCCAAGGCUCUCUGGCUGGACAGUGAGGGGAAAGUCCGAAGUAAACAGUCAGACACUACAAUCACAGAGACCGCGGCAGGGAACUUCAGUGUUUCCAGUUCCAUUACAAUAGAAUCAAGAGUUGACCAUGAAGUCUCUUGCAAAAUCAUCAACGAACUGCUAGGGAUGGAGAGUGAAUCAAGAAUCCUGAUCUCUGAUGCCUUUUAUCCUGCUACUUCCCCUUGGCUAGCACCCUUCCUAAUCAUUCUGUUGAUUUUCAUAUGCCUUCUUGUUGGUGCUGGGUACAAAGUCAAAGGUAAGUAUUUAAUCUGUCAUUUUCAUAAUCUCAUUUAACUGUAGAUGUGAACUGUUACAGAA